AUGGUACAAGAGGCUGAAGCUCAAGAUGUCACAAGCAAGGCCAAAGGAGGAAGAAAGGGAAAGAUAAUGCAACUGCAAGCUGUUGACAACAAGGCCACCAAUGAGUCAGACACUGAGGUGAUCAAUGAUGAUGCUGAGGAAGAAACUGACUCCGACUCAGAUCAUGAUGACAAUGGAAAACAAUACAAUUUUCGUACCCUAGCAAAACUACUUGAGCCUGUCCCAAAACUCACUUCCCACAACUAUUAUAGUUGGAGCGCCCAUAUCAAGUCUUUCCUACAAUGUGUCCCCUAUGCUAUGAAGCACCUCAAUGGAGCAUGCAACAAGAAACAUCUGAAGUGGAGCAGAAUGUUUGAUGAUGCCUUAACAAAUGCACUACACAGUACCAUUGACACCACCGGAGAGUUCAAUAUCAAUUACUUGAUCCUUGACAUCAUCAGGGAGCACCAUAUGUUCCAUGAUGUAUGGAAGAAGAUUGAAAAUGGACUCACCAAUGAGGCUACCACCAUAUCUCGUUGCAUUGCACUAAUCACUCAGCUAGGAGAGCUCAGGAUGUACAAUUCAGAUGCACAAAAGCUCAUCCAAGAAAUAUGGACCAUCCAAACAGAGAGUAGCUUACUGGGAAAGCCAUUUGCCGAUGACACUCUAUUUUCUAAUCUACAAAAGUGUACUAUCCGACACCCAAUGUACAAAGAGACCAUCACCACUGUGAGCCAGCUCAGCUUUAGCACCCUCACCACCACCCUAUCCAUCUGGCAAUCAGCGAUCAAAAACAACCCUGCACUGAGGGUUGAUCCCCAACAAGCCAGUGCCAGAGUUGCCAGCAGUGACAACCAGGACGAACCACCCAGAAAGGACAAGAAGGACAAAAAGGACACUGAUAGCACCAGCACCAAGGUUGCCGCAAGACCCCGAAGGCUCUGA